CUAUUCUUUCUCUCUCUUUGUCAUAUCUUGCCUUGCUCCAUCAAAUAGUUCCCACAUCAAACCAUAAUCAUCACGCCUCUCUUUCUCUUUCUCUCAUUCCCCUACUUACCUACUUGUAGCCUCACAAAAUCCUCAAUAUUCCCUCCCCCUUUCCUCUCUCUCGUUAGUAGGUAUUAACCUCAAUUCGGACCGAAAAAAUCGACCAGUUGGCUCGAGACAGAGACACAGAACAACGUAGGAAAUGUCCAUAAACCACUACUCCAUGGACCUUCCCGAACCGACACUCUGGUGGCCACACCCACACCACCAACAACAACAACUAACCUUAAUGGAUCCUGACCCUCUCCGUCUCAACCUCAAUAGCGACGAUGGCAAUGGCAAUGACAACGACAACGACGAAAAUCAAACAACCACAACAGGAGGAGAACAAGAAAUAUUAGACGAUAAAGAACCGAUGUUCGAGAAGCCCUUAACCCCGAGCGACGUGGGGAAGCUGAACCGUCUCGUAAUCCCGAAGCAGCACGCGGAGAAGUACUUCCCACUGAGUGGUGACUCGGGCGGGAGCGAGUGCAAGGGGCUGUUACUGAGUUUCGAGGACGAGUCGGGGAAGUGUUGGCGCUUCCGCUACUCGUACUGGAACAGCAGCCAGAGCUACGUGCUCACCAAAGGGUGGAGCCGCUACGUCAAGGACAAGCGCCUUGACGCGGGCGACGUCGUUUUGUUCGAGCGUCACCGCGUCGACGCGCAGCGCCUCUUCAUCGGGUGGAGGCGCAGGCGGCAGAGCGAUGCCGCCUUGCCGCCUGCGCACGUUAGCAGUAGGAAGAGUGGUGGUGGUGAUGGGAAUAGUAAUAAGAAUGAGGGGUGGACCAGAGGGUUCUAUUCUGCGCAUCAUCCUUAUCCUACGCAUCAUCUUCAUCAUCAUCAGCCCUCGCCAUACCAACAACAACAUGACUGUCUUCAUGCAGGUAGAGGGUCCCAAGGUCAGAACCAAAGGAUGAGACCAGUGGGAAACAACAGUUCUAGCUCUAGUUCGAGUUCAAGGGUACUUAGGCUGUUCGGGGUCGACAUGGAAUGCCAACCCGAACAUGAUGAUUCUGGUCCCUCCACACCCCAAUGCUCCUACAAUAGUAACAACAUGUUGCCAUCAACACAGGGCACAGAUCAUUCCCAUCACAAUUUCUACCAACAGCAACCUUCUAAUUCCAAUCCUUCCCCUCAUCACAUGAUGGUACAUCACCAACCAUACUACUACUAGCCAUAUAUUAUGCAAUCAUCUAUCGCGUGGAUCAACUCAGGUGGAGUUGUUUCAAUUUGGGUUCAAGUUUGGAUAUGUAGUUGAGUUGAACUAGAAUUUUGUUAUCCAUGAUAAUAUUAUCCGACUCGAACAAGAUUAAUUUGAGGGGAAAAUACAUGUGAUUUAAAAAGAAAAAAAAAGGUAAAUAUUAUGUCAGGUAUUCCUCUUUUGGAUCCUCAUUUUUUUUAUAUGGCUCAAGUGUAAGAUAUAUAUAACUAUCUAUGUAUCCACUUGAUUAAUUAUUAUUAUUAUUAUUAUUAUUAUUAUUAUUAUUAUUAUUAUAA